GUUUCGAACAAGAAUGGCACCGGCGUUGACGAGGUAGCGUUUGUUGGUACCACCUGGUGUAGCUCGCCCAUUGUGUACAACGAAAGAUACUACCGACUUUAGAUUAAAUGGCGUGGCAAUUUUCUCUGACGUGGUUUGUGGCGGCUGCCUGCUUCGCUGUCGCGAGUGAGCCCGUCCCGUUCGAGGCACCGAGCGGCGUCGAGCAGGGCGAGCGUCAUUACAAAGCCGUGCUGGCCAAAAUACCCGAGUACGGCGCUUGCUGGAGCGACGCGGUCUCACGGCUCGAACGAGGAUGCGACGAGCUCACCGAGGAUUUACAGGGUCGUCUCGCGCUUGCCUUCACAAGCUGCUUUCUGGAGAAAAUGGGCAAGCCACCCAUUCAAUGCCGCGAGUCGCAACCCCUGUCACGCUGUGCAGCCCUGUCCGAGUUCCUCGAGAAACCCCUGGCAACAUCGUACACCCAGUUCUUCACCCACACGCAGGUGAUUUGCGCGUUUCUGCGCAGCCGCAAGUGGCAGGCAGAGGCGGCGCACACCAUCUCGGAGCUGGGCGCGACCAGCGUGCGUGCCACUGCCGAGCUGAGGCGUGCAGCUGAGACGCAGGCGCAGCUCAUGCGACGGCAGCAGCAGAUGUUUCAAAACACCGAGCGCCUGAGGCAGGAGCUGGCCAAUGCGCACUCGACACUGCACGAGCACCGGGAGAUGCUCGACACAAGUCUGCUCCGCCUCUCUUACGUGCAGGCUUUCUUUGUGGACCAGUUUGCUACGCUGCAUUCCCUGGGAUACUACGCCCUGGCGGCAGUGCUGUCCUUCCUCAUGACCACUUCCAAGCGGACGGCUGGUGCCCGCCCUUGGCUACUCAUGCUCUUCCUCCUCAACCUGGCGAUCGAGCGAUCAAUCGUCAAGUGGGCCUCGCAGGACGCCGUGAACCGAGCAGCACCACUAGCGUCUGAUAGCCCCCUGGGUGCGCACAUCAGUCUGUCCCGUCGUCUCAUCUGCCUGCUGGCCCUGUGCAUGUACCUGUACCAGCUGUACACGUUCCGCGACUUGGCCGCCGUCAACAACCAGUUGCUGCUGGACCUGCAGGCCCAGAUGCGAAGUUUGCGCACUUACCAGUCACCCUUUGGUAGCCCCGAGCAGCCACAGCAGGAGCGGGAUCCCUCAACUACCACCACAUGGACGCCGCCUGAGGGAGAUGCAAUGCACUGGUUUCCGUUGAACAUUCCGCCUGCUGCCUGUCUAUUCACAAACCGCAGAGGCACCGACACAACCGAGGAGUCGUCAUCGGAGUCGUCAUCGGAGUCGGAGGAGUCCGACGCCGGCAUGUGGUCCCUCGAUGACUGGGACGAUGAUGACAGCAGCGAAGACGAUUCACGCUACAGUGGUGCAAGCAACAGUUAUUUUGGGGAUAAUGCGUUUGUAGACACGAACACCAAGCACAGUGCCACGUCAAGUGCCGUGAGGGACUCGGAUGCCGCCACCAGCACAGCCAGUACAUUGCAUUCGGCAUGGGGAGGCUGGUCGAUGUUUGGAACACCUUCCUUGCCUCCGGCUCCGCCGGUGCCACCGCCGUCGCCGGUGCCAUCUGAUGCAGCAGCGCAACUUACUGGUGGCCGCUACAACCUCCGGCCACGGCGGUCACUCAAUUCCUCCAGUGACCCACUGUCACCGCCACCGUUACAAUCACCGAGCCGGCAACGGGACCUGGCCCGACCCCGUCGGGUCAUUGAACGGGCUGCCAUCCUUUCGUCGGACGAGGACUGAACUAGGCAAAUUUCAGCGUCACGUGCUUUGGGUUGGCUUCUCUGUUAUGCUGCAGCGAUGUGCGGACGAGUCUGUCUGUUGUACAGCUCCAGUGUUCAUUUGUGCUGCAUACAUCGUACCUGCCGAGUAGCCAACUUAAAGUAUUAUGCAAGUCCCCCCGACUAUUGCAUAUGCUAUCAUAUCUGCUUGGCUCGCGAAUCGCUGUGCACACAUGACGGUUCGACUUUUUUCGUACGAGUAUUUCGCUCGGACAUAAGCGCAGUCAUUUCUGUUUGUUCCUUUUGUGUGUUUUGUGAUAAGAAGUUUGCUCAUGCGGACCAAGUCAAUGUAAUAUAUCUUUUUCUGGCAUUUACAUUUUGAUGCCCAGGUUGGAACAGAAGAGAUGGAGGAGCAUACUAAUGUCAGAACUCUAAAUUUCAAAAGCUGCUACAUGAGUAUUUGCACGAAGCUAAUUCGCGAAUGCUUUGUGUCGGUCUCGGCAUGCAAAACUCGGCAGGAAAUUUUAAACAAACAAGCCCUUGCAGCUUUUCACUAAUCCGGAAGGAUUUUUUUCAAAACUAAACUGUGGGAGCCACAGCUCGUGUUACAUGACAGCACUAAAAUAUUGAAUGGCCAGUUCCAGAAAAAAAAAAUAUUUGCAUGCAUCUGGGAUGCAUAAUGCAAUUGAUGCUUUAUGCAUAUGUUUGAAAGAGGCACUUUGAAAUUGUAUGAUGUGCAUCUGGUUUUAGACCUCCUUAAUUUUUAAUGUCUGUGUUUGGUGUCGUGUAUAAGUUGUGCGGGUAAACGUUAAUCUAUAUAGUCUCGUUGACUCCUCUAACGGUAUUGGUUCAAAGUCUGCGCACCUGUUUGCAUUCAGACCUUCAUCCCAUGUUUGGCAUCAUGCGACAAAAACAAGGUUCGCAGAUAUCGGUGCUACGGUUCUGCAUACAUGUAAACACUAGUUGCCCAUGGUUUAUACGCGAUUAGGGUGCCCAGGAAGCAUUUUCCGCAGUCAGCCUGAACGACCUUUAUGAAACAUGGUGUGUUAGGGUGAAGCUGCGCUGCAACGUAGCAUUUACCUAUUGUCUUCUCUGUGAUUUCUACUUAGUAAACUAUAAGUUCCAAGUGCCCAUAAUAUGCGAUAAUAUCCGAAAGUUGAGCAUGUCGAUGCAUGUGCCAAGAUUCACCACCGAAAGUGUUUGCGGCCUUGCAAGGACUGCAGGGUAAGGGCCUGUCCGUAACGGGGCACGUGCGUUGCAGCUGUGAGGGUAGCCUGUCGACAGGCCCUAAACCAUAGACAAAUGGUCCUGUUUGAUGACACUGCCUCUUUUAUCCUGUACAAUGAAAUAGAAACGGCCUGAUUUUCUCAGAUCAGGACAGUGGUUAAAAGCACUGUCUGGGCAAGCUUGUGACUUUUUACUGAAAUUUGAUGGCACACGAAAAGUAUACAUGUUGCAGGAACAAUUAUGAAUGGAAACAUUAAAGUAUGACAUGUUUCCAGGCAUGAUUAUGCUUGCUCCUCUAGGAAUGACUAUUUUUUCUGUGACGAAUGUUUUACUAAUGUCAAGCUUUAAUGUACGAUAAUUUUUUUUCGUAACAUACGUAUACCUUCUGUGUGCAAGAAAAUUUCAGUUGAAAGUCUGCAUCUAUUUGUGCUGUUCCCUUUCUAUCGUCUCCAUCUUGAAAAAAUAGCACUGCCUCUUUUUCACUUUUAGAACCAACUAGCCCAAAGCAUCACAUUACUGAGUUAAUUUCUUUUAUUAUGACAUACAUGUCAGUUUUCUGUGCAUAAUGAACAAAGUUAGCCAUAUUUCGUCUUUUAUUGCAUCAAGCGAGUUCUGUCUUGGUGCACCUUUUCAGUAUGUGUGGGAAUGCGACUUAAUUGUGUUUUAGUAUCCUAUACGAUCAUCUUAGAACCAUGCGACAUGAGUAUGUGAUUUUAUUUUAUUUCGUUUCCGUUUUACAUCAUGAGGACCAUUUCCUUUCUCAUGUCUUUAAUGUUUAAUGAAGACGCAGCUUUGUUUCUGCAUUCUUGUCUCUUGAUGUGGGAGUGACGGGAAAUGCCAUUUGUGAAGCUUAGUGUAGUCUACUGAACAGAUAAGUUUCAGUGCCAUCAUGUUAGGUUGUUUACGAAGUCGGCGGUUUGACACUGAAUCGUCUGGUGGGGAAGAGGCAUGACGAAAAAGAAAUUCGUGAGGUUUCACGUACGUUGGGAAUCGAUGCCAUGUGGAGCAUUCGGUGGGUUUACAACUGUCAAAACGCAUUUUGGCCUCCAUAUGGAAAGCUUGUUCACAUAUAGGUGGCCCAGCAAAAUGCUUGUUAAGACCUUGACUAUUUUAGAAAAACACAUACUUUCAUUACUUAUCUUGAAUACCCCCUUCAAUUUAGGGGGGGGGGGGAUGGCAACAAAAAUAAGAAAACAUUUGUUUAACAGAUCAAGAUGUUGGUACCCAUGGUGGCUAUCUGAUAGAGAAUCAUUGUGCAAGAACAUAAGGUUCAUGAACAUUUCGACGACACAAUGGGAACAAAUAAAUUUAUGUUGUCGUGUUUUCUUAUGUUUGUUUGCAAUGCCUCAUUUUGAGUUGUGAUCGUAACUCGCUUUCUCCUUUGAAUUUAAUUUUGGUUUUUGAUGUGCCCAAAAGCGCAUGUUUCGGGGUCUUCGAAUAAAGUAUUGCAGUACUUCACCUUUUUUUUUACACUGUAUAAGAGGCAGACAUUGUUGUGUGAAAUAAAAGUGAUGUUAUUUUUCA